AUGUGCUUCAAUUUAGAUGCGAACAAUAAUGAUGAUUUUUCAGCUGUACUGCCGCCGACAACAACACUAGGUGAAUAUUCUACAUCAGCAUCUCACAUCGUACACAAAUCGAACAAAAAGCAUGAUAAGUGUUUCAACCACAAACGAUAUAAACAAUCUCAACAUGAAACAUCAGUCACGUUAUUUGUACCAUUUAACAAUACAGACAGUGAAUCUAAAGACAAUGCAGACGAAUCAUCUGCUAAUAGUCAACAUCAUGUUGAUACUAAUCAAUUAUUACAAGAUCAAACACCUAAGUUUGCUGGUCAUGAAGUAAUAGAAAACAAGAAGUUAAAAAGUACAUCAGCCAAAUCGUCAUCUUCAUCUGAUCAACAGCUAAUGGCUUGCCUGAGUAAAUUUGAAUCUCAAUAUUUGGGACCUCUUCUUGUUGGACAAGAACGGAUCGAAACGAUGGUAAAAGGUUUAUUUGCUAAUCACAAGAAAAUUCAAAACAUCUUACGAAAACAAAAGGCAAUUGAUUACUUGUCCAUUGAUCCAGGAUGUUACUUUACUUAA